UCCAUCGUCGACGAUUGAAUCAAGUGGAGAAAUCAUGAAUCAUCAGUGAGGGCUUUAAAUCGCCGAGUGUUUUAUCCAAGGCCGUUUUGACGUUUUUAGCUUCAUUUAUCACCCUCCCUGCUAUUGCAAGUUUAAUAUUCAUCAUUUACUCGGUUGUUGGGGCGCUGGUGAUUAAACAAGGGUUUGUUUGCCUUGAUCACACACAUUUAGCUGAGUUAAACUUCAAGGCAACACUUUAGACGAAGAUGGCUGACAACGGAGCACACCCGACAGAAGAGGACCCGGCCGCCGCCUUCUUAGCCCAGCAGGAGAGUGAGAUAGCGGGUAUAGAGAACGACGACGGAGGCUUUGGGGUGUUGGACGAGGCGGAAAGCCAAGAGCCCCCGGUGCUACCGACGAGCAACUACGAUCCUUUUGGAGAGGAGACCGCCACAGUGAACGGGGAUCUGUUUCAGGAGUCCAACGGUCCCACGGACAACUACGCAGCCAUCGCACAGGUGGAUGUUCAGAGGCAAGAGCCAGAAAGUCUACGCAAGUGGAGGGAAGAACAGAAAGAACGCCUUGAGGCUUUAGACUCGGCAUCCAAGGCGGCAGAGGCGGAGUGGCGAGAGAAGGCCAAGAAGGAGCUUGAAGAUUGGCACGUGCACCAGAGUGAGCAGAUGGAGAAGAACAAGGCCAACAACAGGAUUGCUGACAAGGCUUUCUCCAAACAGCCCAACUCUGAUCUAAUAGGCUUUAUAGCGUCAGAGGAGGCCUUCCUGGCCGAGAGCGACGGCGAUGGCCCCGCGUCGCCAUGGGAGCGAGUGGCCCACCUGUGUGACUUCAACCCCAAGACCAACAAGCAGGCCAAGGACGUGUCCCGGAUGCGCUCGGUGCUCAUCUCGCUCAAACAGACCCCUCUUGUCCGCUAGGGGGCGGACUCGCUCGCGCUUACUUUGCCUUUUCACUUGUCACUGCACCUCAUAUCACAAAAUGUUUGCGAUCCCCCUUUUCCACAAAACUCCCAACUAGUAUACGACCUUCCCACCUUUCUUGAUGCCUAUACUUUUGAACUCUCACCCUUGAGGGAUCAUGAACUGUUCUGUUAUUAUUAUUAGAUUUGUCUUAUUACUGCAGAAUAUAUUGUUACUGUAAGUUAACAUUUCUUACCCUUUUAAAUUAUGAUUACUUUGAUCAAUUUUAAUGCAUGCCUCUGCCAAGAUUUGGAGUGGACUUUUAUUUUUUUUUAUAUGCUUCAGGUUGUUCUUCACUAGUCAGGUACUUGCAGAUUGUAACCACACUUGCCUCUCAGUAAUGUAGAACCACCAACUUUAGAAUGUUUGUUGUAAGCCAAUACGGUUGAAAUGUCAUCUUCAAUGAAAAGAUGAAGAUGACUUGGACUUCAUUUGGACAGUUAAAAGCAGCAGCAAAAGUAAUCCCCAACCGAGCAAUUUUGUUAUUGCAUCAAAAUUGACAAUUAGAAGGCUUGAGUUAGUUUCUCAUUUCAUCCACAUUUUAUAAGCUACAAUCGACUCAGUGUCAACUUUCACAUGUUGCCUAUUUGGAUAUUAUGAAAACUGAGGAAAGUGAAUGUGAAGAGAAUUGGUCAAUAAAAAAAUAGAAAUAAU